UCAGUCACUGCCAUUAGCUUGUAGCCGUGAGUUGUAAAGAGGAAAAAACAAGGCCAGUCAAAAUGCAAACGUCUCUAGUUAACAUCGUUUUAUUCUCAUCUCUGCAGGUUCUGUUGUCUUUGUCGUGCUUUCAAGAUGUUGUCGAGGCAGCCAGCGGGAGAGGCUUUGGAGAUAACAUUCACUGGAGGACUCUCGAUGACGGAAAGAAAGAAGCCGAGGCCAGCGGACUGCCAAUCAUGCUUAUCAUCCACAAGAGCUGGUGUGGAGCCUGCAAAGCACUGAAGCCCAAAUUCGCUGAUUCAAAGGAAAUCUCUGAACUUGCACACAACUUUGUUAUGAUCAACCUGGAGGAUGAGGAGGAGCCAAAGGAUGAAACCUUCAGCCCUGAUGGUGGAUACAUUCCUCGGAUUCUUUUCCUUGAUCCCAGCGGUAAAGUCCAUCCUGAAAUCACCAACAAGAAUGGGAAUCCAAACUACAAGUACUUCUACAGCAGCGCAGAACAAGUUGUGUCCGGUAUGAAGGAGGCGCAGGAGAAGCUGACAGGUGACGCCUUCAAGCAGGGCCACACCGGAGACGAGCUGUGAGGAGGCGGAGGCGGGCAUCAGGCUGUAAGGGCUACACUUCCUAUACCUGAGCCUGACAUUCAGACAGUAACUAUACUUUACACAGUGGGUUUCCAGCUCACUGAACCAAACCAAGCCAACCAUUAAAAUCGGUGCUUGAGUAUUUCUUUCUGUCCUGUACGGUUUUUCCAACACUCGUUUUCCUGUCAUCACCAUCGUCUCAGUUUUUAAAACAUGUAUAUUUGUAAUCUACUGUUAAUUAAAUGCCAUGUACUGUACUUACUGUCUGUAGAGGAUAUAACCAACUCAAGCUAGCCAAGUUAACUAUUAUUAACCCUCAUUUCAUACACUGUUGUUGGAUGGAAACUCCACAUCUAGAAAAAUGCCACGUUUGAAGUGAACUGCCUUGUUUGUCACAAGACAACCAUGAAGUAUAAUUCCUUUUUGGUUUCCACUAUUACCUUGUAGACGACUUUGUAAUUCAGUUUAACCAGUAGAGUUAUGUUUUUUUCACCCAACAGCAAUGACAGUUCUUCAUAUUAGUCGAGAUAAGUAUUUUAACACCUGUGAUGUGCUUCCAAAGAUCCUCUACAGUACGUUUAUUAUAUCUGUGACAAUAUUUGCCAUGCACUGCAACAUGGGCUCUGUACUUCUGAUUUCUAUUACACACACACACAUAAUAUUAAUUAUUCAUUUGAACCUGCCAAAUUAUGUAUACUUAUUUAGCUGUAUUCACAUGAUUGUUCUUUUCCUGUCUGUUUUGCUGCUCGUGAAGUGAUACCACACAUCUUUUUUUUGGGCCUCGUUAAACUCUUUGAAUGAGGGAUGAAAACAUUGGUUAUGUGUUUUGAUGUAUUUUAUACAUGUACACAGCCAAGUGUGCAAAUAAAGUUUGUUGUACUGA